UCUGUGCAGGCCUCUGAUGUGACCUGACGAUCAGGACAUGCAGCUCCUCCAGGUCACAACACUUCUGCUGAUGCUGCUGCUGCUUAUUCUCCUGUGCCUCUCACACGGUGCCUCUGAGAUGGACUGCGAGCGCUGGCAGGACCUGGACUCUGCGGUGGUCCAUAAGGAGGGCCAUGUGAUUCUAGCUGGAUUGCUUCCCAUCCACUCUAAGGGAGAGGAGCAGGAGCUGAGCUUUGUGAGUUCACCAGGCAAGAGGAGAUGCAGGGGGUUUAACCUGCGUGCGUUCCGUUGGUCUCAGGCCAUGAUCUACUUCAUUGAGGAGAUCAACAGAAAUCCUAACCUGCUGCCAAACAUCACGCUGGGCUACAGGCUGUAUGACACCUGCUGGCUGGUGGCCCUGUCAAUGAGAUCGGCCUUGUCUGCUGUGUCUCAGCCCCUGAAGAGGAACAGCACAGGGGCGUGCUCAUCUCCCAGUAUCCCUGUAAUCAUAGGAGACUCUGGAUCCUCCCUGACUAUAGCCAUCUCCAGACUGCUCAAUCUGUUCAGAGUCCCACUGGUAAGCUACUUUGCCUCAUGUGCCUGCCUGAGCGACAGAAAGAACUUCCCCUACUUCUUCCGCACAGUCCCCAGUGACAACUACCAGGCCAGUGCUCUUGCCCGCCUCAUAAAGCACUUUGGUUGGACGUGGGUAGGUGCGAUGGGUGCUGAUGAUGCUUAUGGGCGAACUGCCUUGGAGAUGUUCAGUGCUGAAGUGACCCGUCUGGGCAUGUGCUUGGCUUUUCGUGCCAUAAUUCCCAAAGUACCCACUCAGCAGCAACUACAGGAGCUUGUACAGAUAAUUCGAGACUCUACAGCACGUGUGCUGGUGGCUGUUGCUACUGAGGAGGACAUGCAGCCCUUGAUUGAAGAGAUGAUCAGGCAGAAUGUAACGGGCAGGCAGUGGGUCGCCAGUGAAGCAUGGGUAACAUCCACUCUGUUCUCCACGAUCUACCCCUCUCUCAGUGGCACCAUCGGUUUCGCCAUUCGCAGGGCUGACAUCCCCGGCCUAAAAACAUUCCUCCAAAAUCUGCAACCACUAGCGGAACCAUAUAAUCCUUCUGCCAUUGAAUUCUGGGAAACACAGUUCCAGUGCUCCUUUAAUAAAGACUUACCACUCAGUAUGGGCGACCCAGUCCAAUUUAACCGGACCUGCACCGGACAGGAGAGGAUCGAGGACACUGAGACCAUCUACAAUGAUGUGUCCCAACUCCGAGUGACGUAUAACCUGCACAAGGCAGUCUAUGCUGUAGCACAUGCACUACACAACCUGCUUAUGUGCCAGAAGGAGGGGGGCAAUUCUGAUAAGCAGCAGCAGUGUCCAGAUAUUCUUAACCUGCAGCCCUGGCAGGUGAUACAAUACCUGAAGGAGGUGAACUUCACCAACAUGUUUGGGGACACUGUAAAUUUUGAUGAGUAUGGAGACCCUGCAGGGUCAUACGAUAUCAUAAACUGGCACAAAGGAGAGGAAGGCAGACCACUGGAGUUUGCUACAGUCGGACGCUUCGACUCCUCUCUACCAACUGAACAGCAGCUUGUGAUCCACCAGGACAAACUCAUGUGGCACGCGGGAUCCAAGGAGGUGCCUGUGUCUAUGUGCUCAGCUAGCUGUCUGCCAGGCUACAGGAAGGCCACGCGUAAGGGCGAACCUGUCUGCUGCUACGAUUGCGUGCCCUGUGCUGAGGGCACCAUCAGCAACAGCAUAGACCAGUCAGAGUGCACGUUCUGCCCUGAGGACCUCUGGUCCAAUCCACAGCGUAACAGCUGUGUUGAGAAACAGAUUGAGUUCCUGUCCUACACCGAGGGUUUCGGGAUGGCCCUGGCAGCCACAGCCAUCCUGGGUGUUGUUGCGACGGUCACUGUGGCUACUAUAUUUCUCCGUCACCGUGACACGCCCCUGGUCCGUGCCAACAACUCCGAGCUGAGCUUCCUUCUGCUGCUGUCUCUCACGUUCUGCUUCCUGUGUGCCCUCACCUUCCUGGGCCAACCGUCACGCUGGGCCUGUCCACUCAGACGCACAGCUUUCGGUCUGACCUUUGCCCUCUGCCUCUCCUGUCUGCUGAGCAAAACUCUGGUGGUCCUCAUGGCCUUCAGGGCCACUCUGCCCGGCGACAACACUGCACGCUGGUUCCGGCCCCCUCAGCAGCGAAUGGGCGUGUUCCUGUGCUCGGCCUUACAGUGUGCCAUCUGUGUGGCUUGGUUAACCACAGCCCCGCCUUAUCCAGUGAAGAACAACUGGCUGUACAGAGACCGGAUUAUUCUAGAAUGUCACCUGGGCUCUGUGGCGUUGUUCUGCUGUGUGCUCGGCUACAUCGGCUGCCUCGCCGUCUUUUGCUUCAUCCUGGCCUUUCUGGCUCGGAAGCUUCCAGGUAACUUUAAUGAAGCUAAGUUCAUCACAUUCAGCAUGCUCAUAUUCUGUGCAGUUUGGAUCGCCUACAUCCCAGCUUACGUCAGCUCUCCUGGGAAGUUCACUGUAGCUGUGGAGAUAUUUGCUAUUUUAGCCUCUAGUUUUGGGGUACUUCUGUGCAUUUUUGCCCCCAAAUGUUACAUCAUCAUCUUUAUGCCUGAGAAGAAUACCAAAAAGUAUCUCAUGUCUCAGAAAGUCAGCAGGUGAUCAUAGACCAGCCAUAACUGUGCAGUGGGGUAUGAAACCCAGCACAGUUUGCUGAUUUGCCUGCUCUACACUGUAAAAAAAAAUGAGAUGUUAAAAAAAGGUAAGAAGUUUUAAGCAACAGGUGAAUAAACUUUCUGUUCUGAUAAGUAAAUGGAACUUGUCUAAGCCACGUAAAAUAUACUUAAAUAAAUGAUCACAGUAUAACUAAAAACACAAUGUUAUGUCAACUUAUUU